AUGCCGCAACCUGCGAUGUGUGACGGCGCCGCCGCCGCCGCCGCCGCCGCCGCCGACUGGCCCCCAGGCACUGUCAAGCUAGAAGAAGGCGACCUCAAGAAACUCAUCCUCCAUCCCACGCCCACCUCGGACCCCAACGACCCCCUCAACUGGUCCGCCCCGCGCAAGGCGCUCAACUUCACCCUCGUCUGCCUCUACACCCUCCUCACCUUUGUCCAGCUCGACGUCGGCUUCACCGCCUGGGACCAGUACUCCGCCGAGCUCGGCUUCUCCGACGACACGCUCAACGGCUCCGCCGCCGCCAACUACCUCGGCCUCGCCCUCGGCUGCGUCGCCCUCGUCCCCCUCGUCCACAAGCUCGGCCGGCGGCCCGUCUACCUCCUCAGCACCCUGCUGCAGCUUGCCUCGUGCAUCUGGUCCGCGCGCACCAGCACCGUCGGGGACCUGUACGGCAGCAAUGUGAUUUCCGGCGUGGGCGGGGCGAUCAGCGAGACGAUUGUGCAGAUCACCAUCGCGGACCUGUUCUUCGUGCACCAGCACGCGACGGUGAACGGGCUGGCGCUGCUGGCGACGUUUGCGGGCGCGUACCUGGGGCCGGUCGCGUCGGGGUACGUGGUGGAGGGCCAGGGGUGGCGCUGGGUGUGGUGGUGGUGCUCGCUGCUGUUCGGCGUCAACCUGCUGCUGGUGCUGUUCCUGUUUGAGGAGACCAAGUACGUGUGUCCCGGGUCCGGGGUGGUCUCCGCCGCCGGCACGACGGAGAACCUUGUCGAGGAGGGCGGUGAUGCGCGGGCGGCUGCGCUCGGUACACCCCCGCAGCCCGCCGGCAUCGACGCGUCCAUUCCGAUGAGGCCGCUGCGGCGGCGCUUCGCCUUCCUCACCGUCACCGGAGGGUCGAUGCUGCACGACGUGUACGAGCCGCUGGUCAUCCUGCUCACCUUCCCGGCCAUCACCUACACGGCCAUCGCGUACGGCGUGCUGCUCGCCUGGUUCGCCGCGCUCGUCUCCGUCCAGGCGACGUACAUGUUCGACGAGCCGUACAACUUCUCGGCGAUAGGCAUCGGCCUGAUGAACAUUGCGCCCUUUGUCGCGUCCAUCCCGGGCGUCUGGAUCGGCGGCUACCUCAACGACAAGUCCAUCGUGUGGCUGGCCCGCAGGAACGGCGGCGUGUACGAGCCGGAGAUGCGUCUGUGGAUGAUCUUCCCGCUGGCCAUCAUCGCGCCUGCCGGGAUCCUCAUGUUCGGACUGGGUCUCAACAGCGGUGCUCCGUGGCCACUGCUUGCCGUGGGGUUUGGCAUGUACGGAUUCUGCCUCACCGCGGGGGGCGUCGUCUCGUUGGCCUACGCCAUGGACUGCUAUCACGAUGUCAUUGGAAACGCCCUCGUCGGCGUCACCCUGAUCCGAAACCUCCUUACCGUCGUCAUCUUGUUUGUGCUUACGCCCUGGCUGGAUGGCAUGGGGAUCCAGGACGUGCAUAUUCUGAUAGCUGUGCUGACAGUCCUCGUUCUUGUUGGGCCCGUCGGGCUCAUCAUCUGGGGCAAGAAGGCCAGGAAGAAGACGGCGGCCGCGUAUAGAAGCAUGGCCCAGCGACAACCGACCAGGCGAGACAAGGAGUGGCAGCAGAGCAGCCAAUGA